UCAACUUCCCCCAAACUUUCCCAAACCACCGCGCAAUCGCCCCAAUUCCCGUCGCAACCACCUCCAAACCUCCCACCCACAAUCGCAAACAUGGCAGAAGCCUCCCCAAACCCCCUUCCCGCCGACCUCACUCUCACCUUCCCCUCGCCCACCGCCAACGGCACAAACAUGGACAUCGACAUGAAAGAAGAACCAACCUUAGAAAACCAGCCCGUCGACCCGCCCACGCCCUCCGCCGCGCCCACGACGCCCCUCCCGAACCAGAACACAGCUGCGACGUCGGCUGCGCGCAGCUCGCCGCACCCGGGCCAGAGCAAUGGGCCGCUGCAGCAGCCGCCGGCGAAUCCGAUUCCACACGGGAGCCCGACGAGGGUAUAUUUGAAUAGCUAUGUUACGCCGUAUUUGUUGGAGGCUAUGAAGCAUUUGGCGACGCAGGAGCCCGACAAACCGCUGAAAUGGCUAUCUGAGUUUCUGGCGGAGAAGAGCAAAGAGCUGGAGGGUUGAGGCAAAACAGCAACCCGACAUUUCUCGUCUUCCUAAAGAUGGUUUGUUAAACAGGCAAGGGCAUGUCACUCUGGUGGGACGGUUGUAAAAUAUCUGCAUGGGUCUGGCGUUCAAAAUGAGGGUGGCCUACUGGGCAACGGAGAUAUCACUUUGGGACAGCACAGCUGUAUCUGAUGCACUGGAGAACGGUGUUUGUAGUGGGCGCGGCACUUAUGCACGCUUCCCUAGUUGCUCAUAGGAUUGCCAUAAUCGACGUUUGAUGGAUCUCAUUCCCUCACAAUCAAUCUACUGGUAGUUGUGAACCUCAGUCACCACCCGGAUAUGCCUCCCAUGUGCCAAUCCUCCAGCAAAAAAACUCCAUUUUGAUGACCAGGCGACUCGUUUAUGCGACCAGCGUGCUG